AUGCGCAAAUAUCUUUUAUUAUGUAUAAGUCUUUGUAUAGUCUCGACAAAGUCGAAUCAAAUUAAUCGUUUACGUCGACAAUCUCCUUUUGCUGAUGGUAUUCAACCAUCAUUACAUAAAUAUGAACCACGACGAAUACUUUCAACAAAUGCUCAUCGUAAACUUGAAUCAAACUAUAUGAUUGUUGGUCCUAAAUUAGUUCGUCCUUCAGAUAUUGUUUCUGUUUGGGUAACAAUUUUAAAUGACCAAUGGUCAUCAACAAAUGUUGCUGUUUCAUUAUUUAAUCAAAAUGAUGAAAUAGCAUCAAAUGAAGAACGUUUAAUACCGCAAAUUCCAACAGCAAUUAUAUUUCAAGUACCACAAAAUGCACCAAAUGGUUCUUAUAGAAUUUAUGUUCGAGGAACAUUACCAGAUGGUGAUGUUGUAUUUUAUAAUGAAACAAAUGUAAUUUUUCAUGCAAAAUCUCUUUCAAUAUUUAUUCAAUUAGAGCGACCAAUGUAUAGACAUGAACAACUAGUUAGAUUUCGAUGUAUUCCAGUUUAUUCAGAUUUACGUGGCUAUUUUAGUACAGUUAAUGUUUAUGUUAUAGGUCCAAUGAAUAAUAUUUUAAGACGUUGGCUUAAUUUACAAACAACAUGGGGUUAUGUUGAAUUAUCAUAUCAAUUUGCUUCAUUUAUUGCGUUUGGUACAUAUAAAAUUCGUUGUGAAGCUCAACAAUCAGCAGCUGAAAAAACAUUUUUAGUUGAUUUUUUUUUACAGAAAAAAAUUGAAGUUAAUGUAUCAUUACCAUUUUUUAUAAAUAUUGAAUCGCCAACUAUUAAUGGAAUUGUUAUAGCAAAUUAUACAACUGGACGUGGUGUUCAAGGUUUAAUGAGAUUAACAGUACGUUUAAAAAAUAUUGAUGAUAGUUUUGAACCAGCAGUGAAUAUUAUUCCAGUACCGGAUGCACCAGGACCAAAACUCGAUUAUGAAUAUAAACGAUUUGAUGGUCGUGCGGAUUUUGUUAUACCAACGUCAGAAGCAAGCCGCGAAUUUGGUGAUUUAACAAAUCGUGAAUUAAUAUUUACAGCAACUGUAUAUGAUCCAAUAUGGAAUGAAACAACAAAUUCAUCUUUUCUUGCAUCAUUUUAUAAAACAGAAUAUCGAAUGAAAUUUCUUAAUAGACAAUCAGGUGUAUUUAAACCUUCAAUGUCGUAUACUGCUAAUAUUGCUGUACUUAAUGGUGAUCAAAGUCGAUUUCGAGUUGCUGAUUUUGAUCGUAAUACAACUUAUGUACGUGUACAAACUAAUUUUGAUACUGGUUUGUCACCUGCUUCAAUUGAUUAUCCAAUACCUGAUGAUUCUAUUGUAAGACACGUAUUGAUUAUUCCAAAUCAAAAUCAAACAAUGUACAUGUCUAUUCGAGCUGAAUUAUUCGUUAAUAAUGAAUUUAUUCAAACAGCAUUUAUUGAACAGCGUUCUGUUCGUUAUCGAUCACCAAGUCAAACAUAUAUUCAAAUUACAACAAGUACACCAGAACCUCGAAUUGAUAAUUAUAUGAUUUUUACAGUUAAUGUUAGUCGUUAUUGUGAAUUAGUUCAUUAUCAUAUCAUUUCAGCAAGUCGUAUUGUUUAUACAGAUACAAUUCAAAUGCGUGGAUCACGUCAACAAACAUUUUAUGUUGCUGUAACACGUCGUAUGGCUCCAUCGGCACAUAUUCUUGCCUACUUUAUCGAUGUUACUGGUGAACUUGUUGCUGAUGUUAAUCAUUUUCAUGUUAAUAUUACAUCGGAUACAGUUACACUUAAUUUAACACUAAAUCAAAGAAAAGAUUUAACUGGUGAAACAGUUGAAUUACUUGCUUAUGGACCUGCACAAGCAAGAGUUGCAUUUGCUGGAACAGAAUAUGCUCAAUAUCAAUUAUAUGGUGGAAAUGAUCUACUUGAAAUGGAUAUUUAUAACGAAUUAUAUGAAUAUGACAUAGCUGCUCAUCCAAGUCCAAAUAUAACAUGGUAUUCCAAUUUUUUGACACCAUCAGAAAAAGUUUAUCGUGUUGGACAAUCAAUUGCUGCUAAUGUUUAUCGAGCAUUUCGUUCAGCUGGUCUUUUUCUAUUAACUGAUAUAGAAAUAGUCAUUAAUGAAGAAGAAGAAGAAAAAUUUUGUAUGGAAUUAGGAGAUCGACUUACAUGUAAUGAUGGCUCAUGUUAUACAAUUAGUGAAAAAUGUGAUGGUAUUUUUAAUUGUUUAGAUGGAGCUGAUGAACUUGAUUGUCCUGAAAAACCUGGACCAGUAUUUACACCGAUUAAUAAACGUUUAUGGCCAUAUUGGGAACGCUUUUUUACAUUGUCAUUUGCUUGGGAAUCUGUUUCAUCGUAUCCAGAUGGUCGAGCUCAAUUAGCUGUUAGUGUUCCUCGUGUCAUUGGCACUUGGAUUGUUUCAGCAUUUUCAAUUAGUCAACAAAAUGGUCUUUCAGUUUUGCCUAGUGUUCUUAUGUUUGAAGGUACAAGACAAUUUUUUAUUGCUGUUGAAUGUCCACAAAAAGCUCGACUUGGUGAACAAAUAGGUGUUCGUGUUGAUGUAUUUAAUUUUCAAAGCCAUCGUAUUGAGGCUUUGAUUAUUUUACAUGCUUCACCACAUUAUCGUUUUGUUAAUCUUGAUCAACAUGGACAAGUUUCUUCGUUUGCACCACGAACAUCUGAUGGACAACAUCAUGUACUUCUUAUUCUUCAACCAAGUAGUUCAAGACGUAUUUAUAUUCCAAUAUUACCAUUAGUUGCUAGAUCAAUUGAUGUUACGAUUGAAGGUAUAACAGGAGUUAAACAAGAUAUAGUUACACGAGAAAUGACUGUUGUGUACGAAGGCAUUACAAAUUAUUAUUCGACAUCAACAUUAUUUUCACUUGAGCAUACACCUCGACAAAUGCUUGAAUUUGAUAUUAUUAUACCCGAAAAUUAUAUAUUACCAUUGAAAAAUUAUUUUCUUUAUAUACCUGGUUCAGCUACAGCUACUGUUUAUAUUUCAGGUGACAUUGCUGGACCAUAUUUUUGGGAAGGACAAGAUAAACAGCUUACAUCAGAUAAUCUUAUCUAUAAAACAGUUGCACCUGCUGAAGGUGCGUUAGUUGGUUUUUCAUCUAUGGUCUAUGACAUAAUUUAUAUGAGACAAGGUCAUGGUGCAAAAGGUUUUGAUCAAGAUAAACUUUAUCAAUUACUUGAUCUUGCUAAUAUAGAAUAUAAUCGUUUAAUGGCAUUUUAUUUUGAUGAUGGAUCGGACAUGGGUGUACAUGAUGGUGCAUUUAGUAAUUUCGGUUGGAAGAAUGAAACUAGUGUAUGGUUAACAUCAUGGGUAGCAAUUGCAUUAAAAGAUGCAGCACAAGCUGAAUGGGAAGAAUAUAAUCUUUUUAUAGAUCCACGUGUACGUGCGAAAUCAUCUAAAUGGAUUAUAGCACAUCAAUCUCCUGAAGGUUCAUGGCGGGAACAUAGUAAUAUCCUUGAUCGAGAAAAAUUUCAAUCUCUAUUACAUUCGAUUGAUACAAAUUUACCAUUAAAUUUAUCAUUAACAGCUCAAGCAUUAAUUGCAUUAAAAAUGAAUACAGAUAUAAAUGGAUUAAUUAAAGAAGAUAUGACUGAUGCUAUUGAUCGUGGUCGUAUUUGGCUUGAAAAAUAUUAUCGUAUGAUUGAAGAUCCAUUUGAAUUAGCAAUAACAACAUAUGCAUUACAUAUUGUUAAUAGUCCAGAAAAAGAUAAUGCAUUUAAUAUGUUAAUUAAUCGACAUCGAACAAACGCUGAUGGUAUGUAUUGGUCAAAUGUUGAUUUACCAUCGAAUAGAAUAGGAUAUGGAACUGUAACUGAACAUUUGUUACCUAAAUGGGAAUCUGAAUUAGAAGCACAUGCUAUUUCAUCAACAUCAUUUGCUUUAUUAACAUAUAUCUUUCGUGCUCAAACAUCAUUAGGUAUACCAAUAGUAACUUGGUUACAAACACGACGAAAUUUUGUUGCUGGUUGGUGUUCAAGUUAUGAUUCAUUUUUUGCUUUAAAAUCUCUUGUUCAAUAUGCUAUUCGAUAUGGAGAUAAAAUACAACACUAUAAUUUACGCAUAAGUAUAUUACCAACGAAUGAUAUAGCUCAAAAAGGUGAACCUUUUGUAAUUACGGAUGAGAAUAUUGUUGAUGUACAAAAAUAUGAAAUAAAUUCAGUUUAUGGAAGAGUCUUUAUUGAUACAUAUGGAAUUGGACAUUCACUUAUCCAAAUGAUAGUUGCAGCCAAUGUUGAAUUCCCUGAACUUAUUCGUCCAAUUCCAUAUGAAGCAUUUCAUUUGUCAUUAAAUGUUCAUCUAUCUCAAAAAUAUAAUUUUAGUUAUUUAUUAUAUGAACCAUGUGUUACAUGGUUACCAGGUCUUACAAAAGCUCAUCGAUCUGGUUGGUCAAUAUUUACUAUUGAAAUUCCCACAGGUUAUCGAAUUGAAGAACGUUUUCUUAAAGAUCUAGUUGGUUUCGGUAUUGUAAGAAAUCUUCGUGAUGCUGAAAAUUAUCCAAAUUCGCUUAAUUUUCUUUUUGAAUUUUUUGAUACAACUCCUAUUUGUUGGCAAUUCGAACUUAAACGUUUUAUACCUGUUGCUAAUAUGACACGUUACUAUGAAAUGAAAGCAUAUGAAUGGCAUGAACCAUGGAGUGCUAAUCGAUCAAUGUAUACAUUACGUACACUUUUCGGUCUUGAUAUAUGUGAUAUAAUGAUGACAAUAAUAUACAUUUUAAUUUUAAUUUCCUCUGUUAAUUCUAUUGCAAUUGAUAUUCGUUAUCCACAAUUUUUUCAUCAAUCAUUAAAUGAUUCAUCAAUAGAAAUAACUGAAGGUAAAAGUCCCGGAAGUUUUAUUGCAUUUAUUAAUCUUGUUAAUGAUACAAAUAUUAUUCCAAAUGAUUGGUUAUUAAAUAUAACUGAUUCAGAUUUUAAAAUUCAAUCAAAUGGUUUAUCAUAUUCAUUAAUAACAACAAAAAUUCUUGAUCGUGAACGUAAAAAUUUCUAUGAAUUUUUCAUAAAUGCUCAACAUCUUAUUCUACCAUAUGAAAAAAUAUCAAAAUUAAUACGUAUUCGUAUUCUUGAUAUAAAUGAUUGUAUACCAUCAUUUAAUCAAACAAUUUAUCAAACAACAAUGAUACCUAAUAUAACUAAUUUUCUAAUAAAUGCAUCUGAUUGUGAUGAAUUAAAUAGUGAUAAUAGUCGAAUAACAUAUUCUAUAUCAAAUUAUCAAGAUUUAUUUCGUAUUAAUGAAACAACUGGUUUAAUUGAAUGUAUUAAAAAUACAAAUACAUAUGAACAUUAUGAAAUAAUUGUUGUUGCACGUGAUCAUGGUAAACCAUCAUUAACAUCAACAACAUUAGUUCAAAUACAAUUAGUGUCAUCAGCGGAUAAAAAAAAACCUUUAUCAUCAACAUCAUCAUGGUUACAUGUUGAACAAAAUCCUCAAAAUAUUCUUAUACUUGCUGGUAUUCUAGCUAUUUUAUUUGUAUUUAUAUCAUUAUUUAUAUGUUUAAUAUGUUGUAUAAAAUAUAAAAUAAAACGAUGUAAAGAAGAUAAUAGUUUAGAAACAACAAUGACAACAACAAAUUAUAAUAAUAUCGAUACAGUAUUAAAUGAAAAGAAAACUUUUAGUUUGACAUCAUCAACAACAUCAUCGAAUGAUCUCCAACAACAUACAGCUAAUGGAGAAUUUACACGUAUUACAGAUGAUUUACAUUUUGAACGUGCAGCAAUACUUUACGAUGCAAUGAAUGUCUUUCCAAAUACAUAUUAUUUACCGCUUAAAAGACAAUCGGAAUUAAUUGAAAAUGUUAAUAAUUCAAAUAAUAAUGAUACAUCAUUGCAUAUACCUCCAUCAUCAUCAUCAACAACAAGUAGUCCAAUAUCAACAAAUGCAAUUGAUGCAAAAACUGGUUCUGAUGAUGGAUGUUAUUGUUCGAGUGAUAUGUCAUCUGAACAAUCGAAUAAUCUUCUUUUACUUAAUCCAUCAUCACUUUCAACAGCAAAUUCCAAAUUAUCAACAAAACAUGUACGAUUUAUAGAAAAUAAUAUGAAUACAGAUGGAGCUUUAAAACGUUUUGAAAAUCUUUAUGGAACACGAACAACAUCAGACCAUUGUGCUUCUUAUGUUUGA